AUGGUGUCUCUCGUUUCGUUCCUGACGGUGUCGUUGAGUAUAAUAGGUAGUGUACUAGCUGAUGACUCAGUAGACUCCCUGUAUGGUACGUGGACGUCAAAAUCAAAUCAGGUAUUUACCGGACCAGGAUUUUAUGAUCCUAUAGAUGAGCUAUUAAUUGAACCAUCUCUUCCUGGAAUCUCGUAUUCCUUUACCGAGGAUGGGUGGUAUGAAGAGGCUACCUAUCAAGUAACGUCCAAUCCUCAGCAACCGGACUGUCCUAAAGCUGCAGUCAUAUAUCAGCAUGGGUCUUACGAGAUUAUGGAUAAUGGAACGCUAAUCCUAACCCCCAUCUCGGUAGAUGGCAGACAAUUAUUCAGUGAUCCAUGUAACGACCAUGGUACUUCAUCUUACACGAGAUACUCUCAGAAGGAGGUGUUCAAAAGUUUUGAAGUUUCGCUUAAUACAUAUCAUGGCAGAUACAUGCUGCUACUAUAUCAAAGUGAUGGCAGCCCUAUGCAACCGCUAUAUUUGGCCUACAGACCCCCAUUGAUGUUACCAACUGAGACUCUGAACCCAACCGCAACUGAAGACGCUACCAGUACUUCAUCCGAGGCAUCUAGCACCGGUUCUAACGAGAAGCGAUCCGUGAGAUCUUUGAUCCGCAGAGGUCUUGAAAACAAAUACAAGACAAAUGCGGUCAAAAAGGGUUCUUUUUUCGACACCAAGUUCUAUUGGUGGGUCUCUGCAGGCUUGGUUGGUAUCGGUUCGGUUGCAUUCUUGGUGUUUUAA